UGCGUUCUAGACUUAGUAACCGCUCAGUCUGUUGUGCUUCAUUGUCAACGUGUUUUUCCUUAAAAAGACCAAUUUUCUGCAUUAGAAAUGGCUGAACAAACCGAAGAAAAGAAAGUUGAUACAUCAGAGUCAAAGCGUAUUCAUACAUAUCCAUUGAUCAGACAUUCAGACAUGAAUGAUGAAAUGAAGACUGAAGCUAUGGAAUUGUGUGUUACUGCAUGUGAAAAAUUUUCUAAUAAUAACGAGACUGCAGCAAGAAUGAUCAAAGAAACAAUGGACAAGAAAUUUGGUGCUUCAUGGCAUGCAGUGGUUGGUGAAGGAUUUGGUUUUGAAAUCACACAUGAAGUUAAAAACUUAUUAUACAUGUUUUUUGGUGGAAAUAUGGCCAUCAUAAUAUGGAAAUGUUCGUAGAAAAUAAUCUUUGAUACUGAAUUGUAAAUAAGUAUAUACAGAAUGAGAGAACUGGAUGUGUGAUAUCAGUUGUGAUAUUAUAUGUUUGUUAUAAACGUUUUAAACCACAUUCCAUCAUUAUCAAUUAAAUAGGCAAUAUCAGUGUUGAUAUGUCAUGCCAAACUAGGACAUUUUAUUUUGUGGAUAUACCAUGAAAAAGAAAUGAUGAAGAUUUCAGUCUACCUGAAAUAUAUAGACGAUGAAGCAUUUUUAAAUUGAUCUGGUCUUUUUAAGUUAAAUUAUAUUCCAUACACUAGUUCUUUGCCUGUUAUUUUCAAGCUGUGAUAAAAGUUGUCAGAAAUACACAUUUCAUGUAGUUGUUAUUUUACUGCAUUUGUCAUGAUACAUGUACAUUUACCUGAUUUCAGAUCUGUAAACAUUAUUUUAUUCAAUUGUACAUGAUAAAACUUUUUUUAUUCUAAUUUAUAAAAUAUGAAACUUC